AUGGAAAGUAAAGUAAAAUUUGUGACUGUGGCGGCUGAAGAAUUGUUUAAUUUUGUGGUACGUUGUGCCGAACGGGCCGGAGCGAAAAAACCUCAUGCUGAAAGUUUGGCCGAACUUUUAGUUGCGGCCGAUACCCGGGGUCAUUUUAGCCACGGCCUUAACCGACUGGAGAUGUACGUGCGAGAUUUACAAACAGAAACAACAUCUUCAGAGAAUGAACCAAAAGUGAUGAAAGAAACUGUUGGAACUGCCCUUGUUGAUGGCUGCAAUGUCCUUGGUCCUGUUGUUGGCAAAUUCUGUAUAGAUCUCGCUAUAAAAAAAGCCAAGCAAACUGGAGUUGGCUGGGUCUGUGCUACAGGUUCUAAUCAUUUCGGGAUUGCUGGAUGGUACUCAAUCAGAGCAGCAAAUGAAGGCCUUUUGGGGAUGGCUUUUACAAACACUUCACCUCUUAUGGUCCCUACAAGAGCCCAAAAGCCUGCUUUGGGCACCAACCCUAUCAGUGUUGCCGCCCCAGCAAACAAUGAUAGCUUUGUUCUUGAUAUGGCCACCACAACAGUGGCUCUUGGAAAGAUUGAAAUAAAUAAACGAAAAGAUAUGGAAAUUCCCGAAGGCUGGGGAGUCGAUGGUGAAGGCCAAGUGACAAAAAAUCCUGAUGCUGUCCUCUCUGAUGGAGGUCUUCUUCCUCUUGGAGGCACUGAAGAAAACGGUGGCUAUAAGGGAUAUGGUCUGGCACUGAUGGUUGAAGUUUUCUGUGGAAUUUUAGCAGGAGCAAAUUAUGGACCCAACAUUCGUUCUUGGAAAAGUACAUCAACGGCAGCAAAUUUGGGUCAGUGUUUUGUUGCUUUGGAUCCAUCUGCAUUUGCUCCUGGCUUCACAGAUAGGAUGUCAGACAUCAUGACCACUUUACGUAACAUGACCCCGGUUCAAGGUCAACCCUCAGUGAUGAUUCCUGGAGACCCUGAGAGAAAACAUGAAGAAAAAUGUGCUUCAUUGGGUGGUAUUCCAUACCAUCCAAACCAAAUUGAAUUUGCAAUAAGACUGGCAGACAAACUGGAAAUUGAGCAGAUGAAGAUAAAAAAAUAA